CAUCCGUACUUUUGGUGGAAUUUUUCGUGAUGCACAAGAGGAUGGGCAGCUAGCUAGCAUACACCGAGAAAAGGGCAUUUUAGACGUACCUUUCACUGAGUGCUUCAGCCAUGUCUAUGAUCACGACAACCGCGUGGGUGCCGCGUGGCUUUGCGGCGCCCUUCCCGACAAAGUACACUUUCGACGAGGAAGAGUUUGAGCGUAUCGCCAAAUUGGCGAAGCUCCAGCUUGACGAUGCCAAGGAGGACCUAGAAGAGGCCCAGGAGGAAGCACAGGAGGGGGCCAAGGAAGAGGCCCAGGAGGAGGGCGGAUCAGCGCCGACUGAAACAAAACGGAAAAAGGGCAAGAAGGCAAAGAAGAACAAAAUUUCUGUUGAUGACGACGACUUGAAGGAGUACGAUCUCGAACACUAUGACGAUGAUGACGAGGAAGGUGUCGAAGGCCAAGAGAUGGCCAUGUUUGGGAACGUCAAGUCAUUGGCAUACUACGAGUCAAAUAAGGAUGACCCGUACAUUACCUUGCAGGGGGAGGAGGAGGACGAAGAUCGCGAGGACUUGCAAAUAUUGGCGACGGACAAUCUUCUGCUGGCGGCCAAGAUCGAGGACGAAUUGGCGCAUCUCGAGGUCUACGUCUACGAAGAUGAAGCCGACAAUCUCUAUGUCCACCACGACAUUAUGCUCCCCGCGAUACCUCUCUGCGUCGAAUGGCUGAACAUACCAGUAGGAGAAAAGCCGGGGUACGGAAAGGACUCGAUAGCAAAUUUCGUGGCCAUCGGAAGUUUCGACCCGGACAUCGAGAUCUGGGACUUGGACACGGUCGACUGCAUGUACCCGAAUGCCAUUCUGGGCCAAGGAGGCAAUGCGGACGAGGACAAGAAGAAAAAGAAGAAGAAGAAGUCGAAGAAGGCAAACGACGAGUACCAUGUCGACGCAGUGCUCUCCCUGGCCGCUAAUAGGAAACACCGAAAUCUCCUGGCAUCGGCGUCGGCGGACAAGACGGUCAAGCUCUGGGAUCUGCACACGACCAAGUGCGCCAAGUCAUACACGUACCAUACCGACAAGGUCUGCUCUCUCGCAUGGCAUGCGGUCGAGUCGACGGUGCUUCUAAGCGGCAGCUACGACCGCACCGUUGCAGCGGCCGACAUGCGGGCGCCAGAUGCCCAGCCCACAAGAGUAGGUGUCGAGAGCGACGUGGAGAACGUGCGGUGGGACCCGCACGACCCCAACUACUUCUUCGUGUCUACCGAGAACGGACUCAUUCACUACUACGACAUCCGCACCGCGUCGACCGAUCCCGCGAGCAGCAAGUCGGUGUGGAAGCUUCAUGCGCACGACGAGUCCGUCUCGUCCUUCGAUCUCAACUCGGUCAUCCCGGGCUUCAUGGCGACCGGGUCGACAGACAAGACCGUCAAGCUGUGGAACAUCGGCCCCACGGGCCCGUCAAUGGUCGUCUCGCGCGACUUCGACGUUGGCAAGGUCUUCAGCGCCACCUUCGCGCCAGAUGCGGAGGUCGCCUUCAGACUGGCGGUCGGGGGCAGCAAGGGCACUAUGACUGUGUGGGACACGAGCACCAACGCCGCCGUCCGCAAUGCAUUUGCGCAAAAGCUCCCCAGCGGGGCCGUCAGCGCUGGGGAUGGAGCGGUGGAGGACAGGCUGGUGGGGAUUGACAAUGACGAGGACAGCAGCAGCUCGGAAGGGGAGGAUGAGGACGAUGAUGAGGAUGACAACGGGGCAGCUGUGGACCAAGAAGAUGAGUCGAUGGACGAUGCCUGAGAAUAGAAGACGAGGGAGUGGACAUCUAGCAGUACUGCCUGGAUGGAGGUUUUCUAACAGAAGAACAUUUGAACAUCUGGCAAAGAACUACAAAGAUUUGCACACUAGGUGAUGACGUCGGCAUUGGCCUGUGUAGCUGUACCAUCACAGGCUUGGGCUUCAUCCAUACGG